AGCCUCAAACUUCUUUUUGUAAUUUUUAUUUUUUAGAUUUAUUUAUUUUUAGGAGUAUGGGUGUUUUGCUGUGCACCAAGCGAAUGCAGUGAUCUCAAUGGCCAGGAGAGGGUGUUGCUUUGAACCAGAGUUACAGGUGGUUGUGAGUUACCAUGUGGGUGCUGGGCUUUAAACUUCCAUCCUUUGAUCACUGAGCCACUUCUUGAAUCCCUUAGCCUCUAACUCUUGUUCCUCCUGCUUCCACCUCUCAAGUGCUAGGGGUAUGGGAUUGUGCUGCCAUGCCUGUCUGAAUCUAUGCUUUUAAACUACUCUACCACCGAUGGAUGGAUGGAUGGAUGGAUGGAUGGAUGGAUGGAUGGAUGGGUGGGUGGAUGAGUAGAUGGAUUGGUAGUGGGUGGAUGGAUAGAUGGAUGGACGAUCUGUUUCAGACUUGCUCGUUAAGAAACACAGCCAUCCUCUGGGAAAUCUGAAUGUUCCGUCACUGCCUGGGAGAAUUUUGUGAUAAAGUGAGCUUUGUGUUCAGAAAUAGAAACGAGGAGGAGGGGAAGGGAAGAGGGGCAGAGGAGCCCUGGUGUGCAGGUCGCAGGGCUUCCUUCGGAGGAGGGCACUGUCCUGAGCACUGGCACCGGCAGUGGCUGACUGAGAGCCUGAGGAGGCCCCACAGGGCUGCGGUUUGAAUGAGGACAGCAAUUGUGCAAGAAUGGACAGCCUUGCCCCAGCCUGCGUCUCCUGGCCUGAGUCACACUGGAAGAAGAGAGUGAGAGCCCUGAAACCCCUUGGAUAGAGAGCUGCCAAGGCCUCCAGUGUGACAUGGGUGAAGUCAUCACGGAUGAGCUCAGGAGAGGCACCUGGGAACACGGACCCAGUUUAUUUGGCCUUCUCAUAUGGACUGAGGACCACCUGCUCUCCAGGAGUCCCCCAGGCCUUCAACACAAGCCUCAAGGAUGGAAUUUCUUCAGUUCCAGUUGGUCAACCCAAUCCAUGUUAUGCAGCCUUUGGGACAGUCUCACCCUCAGUCACCGUGUCCGGAGCUGGAUCUCAGGCCAUCUAGCUAAGACGCCUUCCAUGGGUCUGGUGAUGGAGAACGGCCAGGUGCUCCCGGCUUUCCUGCUCUGUAGCACACUGCUAGUCAUCAAGAUGUACGUGGUGGGGGUCAUCACAGGCUACACCAGGCUUCGGAAGAAGGCUUUUGCCAACCCCGAGGACGCCCUGAGACAUGGAGGCCUCCAGUACUACAGGAGUGAUCCCAACGUGGAGCGCUGCCUCAGAGCCCACCGCAACGACAUGGAGACUAUCUACCCCUUCCUCUUCCUGGGCUUCGUCUACUCCUUCCUGGGACCUGAACCUUUGAUCGCCUGGAUACAUUUCCUUGUUGUCCUCACGAGCCGUGUGGUACACACGGUGGCCUACCUGGGCAAGAUGAACCCGAGAGUCCGCUCUGGAGCCUAUGUCCUGGCCCAGUUCGCCUGUGUCUCCAUGGCUCUGCAGAUCCUCUGGGAAGUGGCCCACCAUCUGUGAUGAGUGGCUGAAGCCUCUUCAGCUAUUACAUUGUCGACAGAAGCCAUCGAGGCUGAACCUGGGGACUUGGUGUCCCUUCUAGAACAGGGAUGGACUCUGGUCCUGGGUGUGUGUUCCUUAGCCUCUUGGGAUCUGGAUGAAGUACCCAAUUAGAACCACUUACAGAUGAGUUGUCAAGACUGACAGAACAUCCUUAACCUCACAAAAGCCUUAAACACCACUCACACUCCCUCUUGCCCCUUAAAACUGAAAGGACACCCAGGCGGUGCACAGCUUUAAUCCCAGCACUUGGGAGACAGAGGCAGGCAGAUCUCUGUGAGUUUGAGGCCAGCCUGGUCCACAGAGUGAGUGCCAGGACAGCCUCCAAAGCUACACAGAGACCCUGCCUUAAAACAAAAACAAAAACAAAAAAAACAAAAAAAUGAACCAACCAAUCAGCCAGCCAACUGAAAGGACAGGGGAUUCUCCAACAUAGCCACCAUUCCAUCCAGGGUUAAAGAUGAAGACUUCCAGGCAGUCCAAGGAGAGACACCUAGCUCUGGUGUGUGACCCAGGAAGUCUUCACAAGAGGCCAAUCGAUGGCCAGCUCCCUCUCAGGCUGUGGAGUUAGGGGAGUGGGCAGGUCUGCAUGUCCCUGCUGCCACCCCUGCCUUUGUUCCAAGUGCCUUAGUCAGUAUGGGCUCUGUAAUGGGGAGUGCUCACAGGGAGCUCUGCCUGCCUGGUCAAGGCCUGAGCUCCCCAAAGGCCAUCAGUCAGGGUGGGCUUUAUCUGACCAACUACUGAAAGAAAACUUUGGGUCUCUUCAGCAUCUGUGAUGUUUGAAGAUGCCAAAGUGUGUGUGUGUGUGGUGUGGUGAUGUGUGGUGUGGGGUGGUGUGUGGUGUGUGUGGUGUGGUGUGGUAUGGUGUGGUGUGGUAUGGUGUGGUGUGGUAUGUCUCCCUCCAGAGUCCCCCUGAAACCUGUUCAUGGUUAGUCAUUAAAUAGUAAUGUGUGACCUGUGAAUGCCCCGUGGUCCCUAUUUCCAAUGUCCAUAAUGUCCUAGCUGGCCUGGUGCCUGCUGAGAAUUUUGGGGAUUUUGGUGUUUCUAUGUUUUGCUUUUUGAGACUGGGUUUCACUUAGCCCAGGUUGGCCUCAAACUUACAAUGUAGCCGAGGACAACCAUGAACUAACAGCCUGCCUGUAUCUCCUAAGUGCUGGGAUUAUAGACUUCCGCCACCACAGUGGGUUCCUUUCUGGGGCCAAGCUAGCACAGACAACAGGCUGCUCCGGGGAAGUCCCCUUCUUCAGCAAGGAGAUCCCUUAUAAGGUGCUUGGCUUGGGAUCCUGUCCUGCCAGGUGACCUUCCCUGCAGCUCUGCCACCUGGUAGGUAGGAUGCUGUUUUUCUCUACAGCUGGAGACCACCUGGAAGUACAGGGGCUGCUCCAGAGGCUGGGACAGUCAGGUUCCCAAGCCCUGCCUGCCCUCCAACCAAGGCUGAUGCCUAGUGUCCCUACCCCUCUUCCCAACGGGGACCAGAGAUCUGCUCUGUGAAGCGCACAGCACACUGGGAGUGGAUGACACUGCCCUCUGGUGGUGAGAUGAAGCCAUUGUUCUUGGAGUGCUCGUCUGAGGAAAACAAAAACCAAACAUGGCCUCCCCACACACUUUGAGUGCCAGCUGUUUGCUGAGCAUUAGGCUGGAUGUGUCUUCAUCUGUCACCCCCACCCCACUGCCCCAUUUAAUACUUAAAAUAAUUUUAAGAAGGAGGCAUUUGUACAUUUUAGAAAAAUCAGGUGAGUUCAGGUGGUAUGGCCAAAGACCAUUUCUGCAUUUUCAUAUUAUGUAUACGGGUGUUUUAGUGUGAAGGCAUGUCUGUAUCAUAUGUGUGCCUGGUGCCCAUGGAGGCCAGAAGAGGGUGUUGGAUCCCCUGGAACUGGAUUACAGACAGUUGUGAGCCACUAUGGGUUCUGAGAAUUGAAUCUGAGUUCUCUGAACCACUAAGCUGUCUAUCCAUUUCAGCAUUUUAGCUGAGGGAUUCAAAGCUCCAAGGAGAGAGAUGACUUGUCCUGAGUUCCUGGUCCAGGACAGGAGAGAACUCUGCAAGGUAGGGCCCAGGAGGGAUGGGGCCCAGAGAGGUCUAAGCAGGACAGGUGGACAUCUGUCCAUUCUGUGUUUUCCCUCUUGGGGAAGGUGGGCUUGUGAGAGCCAGGUGUUCCAGUAAGAACCUUCCAGUUGCCUGGUGCAGGAACAUAUAUCACCCAUGACUGCAUAAUCUGGGGUCUGGGUGGUGGAACUGGACCACUGCAGUAGGACAGGCAGCAUGGCAAGGAACUGUAACAGCCCCAUGUGGGGUAAGGCUGGGACCACUGGCCAGGGGUCCUCUGGGAUAGUGAGGCUGAGGUCCAAUGGGGAGGUGAGCAUGCUGACACUGGCCAGGAAAUGUAAAGAAAUUCAGUUGGGCUGGGUGUGACAGCACACACCUUUAAUCCCAGACAGAGGUCAGUGAAUCUAUGUUGGAGGCCAGCCUGGUCUACAAAGUGAGACCUUGUCUCAAAAAUGAAAGAAAACCAAAAAAUACAACUGUGAGGGUGGGAAGAAGUCAGCCCCAGUGUGCCAUGGUAUGAAAUUGGGGUUAGAGGGAAAUCGGGGUAAGAGGCUCCUAGGGUGGUCAGGGAGAACACACAGUGGGGUGGAUACCUAGGCAAGUGGGCUGGGUGGGCUGUUAUAUGACCCUUACUCUCCAAGUGGCUUGGGCAGCGAGUAUCCUAGCUAUGCUCAAGAAUAAGAGAGAGGUGGGGACAGUGGCUCCAGCAGGGUGUCACUGGGCUUAGUGGCUUGUUCUGUUCGCAUCCUCAUGGUAGGGAGUGCAGUGAGUAGUCUCCUGGCUGCAAAUUUGGGCUCGAGACAGGCUCCAGCCUGCAGUACAAGACAGAGCAGGUGCACUGCCCAGGGAGGCGCCUUGGCCAGUACCACCUCCUGAACCAGCCAGAGGUGGCAGGCAGCACACAGUGCCUGCAUACCCCUCCAACCCUGAUACCACAUCAGAAACUCUUGCUUUCCUCUGGUUUGGUCUCUUGUCUGAGAACAUCCAUUUCCCAAAACUUUACCCAGAUAGGACCAGUCUCUCCUUGCCCUAGGAUCAGAGACUGAGAAGGGUGUGGCUGAGUUUAUGAGGUCCUAGUGUGGAGCAGCCUGAACAGCAGCCUGGAGCCCUAGAGUCCCAGACAUAGGAGUUGGGCAAGGACUUAAUAGGCCUCUAGGAGCCUGGGAAGCUAGAGCUGUCCCUAGUUGAUGCCCAGUGUCUUGGGGACAUGCCCUAACCUCUGAGCAGGAGGCCAGGGCCAAGAUAGAGUUCAUAUAAACUCAAGGGCCAGUAGCCACACUGUAAUCUUUUUUAAAAUAAGUCUUUCUGCAUGUAUGUAUUCUUUGUGUGUAUAUGUGGGCACAUAUGUGGAGGCCAGAGGACAACCCCAGAGUCAGUUCUCUUGUGGGCCUAGGGACUGAAUUGAGAUCCUCAGGCAACAAGUGCCUUUACAAUCUGCGGGCCCUUGCAAUCUGUAGACUAGGCUGGCCAUGAAUUUGCCGGAGAUCUGAGAUUGCAAACAUGCGGCAGUGACAUUAAAUUUAGUAUCACCUUGCCAUUCUACCUUCCUGGACACCUUGCCAUUCACGCAGUCAGCCUGGUUUUGGGGUAAUUAUUUUCCCAGGGUGCACUGCAUGUGUUUGCCUAGGUAUCUUCACACAUAAGUACCAACUGGAAUCACAGGCUAGUGCCACCACAUCAGCUCGCAUAGAUUUCCUUUUGGUCUCAACUUGUAGCCCAGGGUAAUCAGUAACUCACCAUGUUGCCUAUGUAAGCCUAGAACUCAGUAUAGGCCAGGGUGGCCUCAAGAUCAAAUAGCCAUGUAUGGUGGCAGACACCAUUAAUCCCAGCAAUCAGGAGGCAGAGGCAGACUGAUCACUACAAGUUUGAGGCUAACCUGAUCUAUGUAUGCAAUGAGACCGUGUAACAAACAAAAAACUGAAUAGUCUCAUGUUUUAGCCUAAACUUGCCUCCAGAUUUAGCCAAUCCACUUGCCCCAGCCUCCUAAACCUGGAGAUUACAAGUGUGAUAGGGUUUUUUUUUUUUUAAGAUUUAUUUAUUCUGUGUGUUAUGUUUUGCCUGUAUGAAUGUAUGUGUGCUAGGGGGUGUGUCUGGUGACUCGAAUGUCAGAAGACUGUAGUUUCAGGUAACUGUGAGCCACUAUGUGGGUACUAAGCACCAAACUCGAGUCCUCUGCAAGAGCAGCCAGCACUCUUAAUCGCUGAAGCCAUCUCUCUAAUCCCAGAAAUGUUUGUUAUUGUUUUUAAAUCAAAGGUAGUUAGCGAAGCAAGGACUCACAUUCCUGAAUCUUUCCUUCCCCAGUUUCAUCCUCAAGAGAUUAGCCAAUCACAUCAGAUUGUGAGGUUGUGCUCCCAUCAAUGGGAUGAGAUGCAGUCUGUGCUUACAUCCAGGAUAAAGGAAGCCAUGUUGGCCUGGUUGUUUUGGUAGCCUGCCUGGUUUGGGUUCUGGCUCAUCCUUUUUGCAAAAUGAAUACUAGGCUGAGAUACUUUGGCUUUAUUUGUAUGUGUUCCCUUGUGCUACACUGGGAUUAUUUCUAAUGCAAGUAAGAGUCACCAUGUCCAGGUUUUUAAAAUCUAUUUGUGAAGCUUGAGGUACCUACAAGCAUUCUAAAAAGAUGGCGUUAAUUUGGAUAGGAUACAUAUUUUUAAAGUGUUUUUCAUUUUCAUCUGAGAGAAAUUUACAAGGGUAUACGGAAAGGAGGGAGACCACCUUUGCCUCCCAGAGGAAAGCACCAACCACAUGAUGGUUUUUUCAUCCCCCCUUUUUUAAUUAUUGCAAAUUUUAAGCACAUAUCUGAAAUAUAACACACAUGUCAUGUAAGACAGUGAUCCUGGCUUCGGGGUCCACUGUCCUCCUUAAAGCACAUGCUGCCUUUGGCAUUAUUUUCUUUCUCCCAGGAGAUGCCGCCAUGGCCAUUGGCACCAGCCACGGAUUUAAACAACUUCACUUUGCAAAGUUUGAGUGAAGAAAAUAAUGAGUCUCUGUGAGGUAGUUGUUUUUGACGACUUGACUAAAAGUGAGGGUCAUGUGGGAAGAGGAACCUCAGUUGAAAAAAAAAAAAAAUGCCUCCAUCUGGUUGACCCGUAGGGACCAGGGAGACAGCAGGAACAAGGCCUGAGUUAAUCCCACAAUGUCUGAAGGACAGUUCCUGCAACCCCUUUGAAACUUACCCAAGUAUCUCCAAGGAUAAAACCUCAGCCAAUUAAAAGUGUACUAAUAUAAUGCUGCUUGUUUAACCAAUUAUGUCUGAGAUGACCUAACUGUCCCUAAAAUUCCUCUAGCUGUGCUUACAAAGAAGCCUGCACACUCCUCUUGGGGUCGUUGACAUUUUGUACAGGUGAAUGACCCCACAUAUGCGGGUAAAUACAUGUUCUUGCUCUUCCAUA